UCUCCCCUCUUAAGCCAGAAGAAACCGAAACUCCAACAAAGAAAAGACUCUCCAAAGAGUGAGUGUGUGUUUUUUUUUUGUGUUGGUGUGUGUGUUUGCGCAUUCAUUCAGUGAGUGAUGUGCAACAAGAACAGUCCUUCUUCUUCGGACAUUCAAACAACCUCUAUUAUGAAGAGGACGCGGAAGCCGAAUAGAAGGUAUUAUCAUAACUCUUCUUCAUCCUCUUCUUCUUCUUCCUCGACGACGUCGUUUAAGCUGCACCGGCGUGGGAACAGAACGAAAACGCGGAAGCCCAAGUUCGUGAGCCUGAAGCUUCAGUUAUCCGAGCCUAAGAAGAAGAUGGCAUCCACCAAGCCCAAGCCCAAGCCCAAGGCUGAACAACUACAACAACAGCAGCAGUUACAGCAACAACAACAACAACAACAGCCGCAGCUCAAUCUCUUCCCUCUCCAUCCGGACCACCACGACAUGCACGAGGAGCAGAACAUGGCGCUUCUCUUCAGCUCCGACGGCGGGGCAACCCUCAACGGGCUACUGGAGGAGGGUUCGACGACGACGACAACGACGUCGGUGCUGACGUGUCCGGCGGAGGAUACCGGGAACUGGCUGGUUCGGAAGGCGAUGCGGCGGAGGGAGAGCGAGGAGGGGAGUGAAGAACGGUGGGUGUGCUACUCGGAGGUGGUGGAGGAGAAGAAGGAGGCGAUGGAGGAGGUCACGAGUUAUUCCGUCAAGGGGGAAACGAAAACGACGUCGUUCGGAUUUGGGUUGUUGUCGUUGAAGCUGGAUCACCAGGGGAUAUUGAAUGCUUGGUCUGAUAAAGGCUCUCUCUACGUCGCGGGGGAGGAGGAGGGGGCCCUACAGACUGUCCCUGACAUAUUCAAUGGUUUCCUCUUUCAUAAUGCCGUCGCCCCCCAUGUUGCAUGGGACGGUUGGGGGAGUGGUGGUGUUGUUGGGAACGCAUGGAGUGUUCAUGAAGAGUGUGGGGCUAACAAGGCGAAUGUGAAAGAAGAAACGAGUUGGAAGUUGGCGCAGAGAGAGGCAAGUGUGCAGAGGUACAAGGAGAAGAGGCAAAGCAGGCUCUUCUCUAAGAGGAUCCGUUAUGAAGUUCGCAAGCUGAAUGCUGAGAAACGGCCCAGGAUGAAGGGACGAUUCGUGAAGAGGGAAUGACAAGUGUAGAAGGAUAGGUACGGUUGAUAAUAAGAAUGUUGUCAUAUUACAGCGUUGGAAUAUAAUUUUUCGUGUCUUUGGUUUUGGGUAGUGCUGGGAAGCUUUCUUGAUGAAAAUGCUGUAGAUAUAAUUAUUAUGCAAUGUAAAAUCCCAGUGGUACAAAUAUGAAAUAUGAACACUCCGGGAAAAUCUAUAUUCAACUGCUGUGCUGGCGCAACAUGUAAGGGGCAGUUUCUAGACCUUUGAUUGAAUGAGUUUUACAAAUUUUUCACAUUUGUUUUGAUCUCAAUCUAAGGCUUUAGAAACAGUCAAAGCAUGUUGUACAAGUACAACAACCAAAAAAUGUAUAGGUUGCUCUGAAGACUUGUACAAAGUCUCACAAAAUUAAAUAUUUGGAACAUCAAAAGAACUGGAAAUCGAAACAUUACUCAGAUCAUCAACAAUAGGGGAGUCUCUAGGAGGAAGGUGUUGUGUGACUACAACCUCCCAUAGUCCCAUUGAUGUAUCUUGGCAUAAAAUAAAAUAAAAAUAAUCAGCAUGCAUGAAUGAAUAUUCUUUAUUGUCAUGUUGCAUUGUAAAUAAAGUUUUAUUUUCAGUCGGUA